GUCCGUACAAGUGGUCCGAGCCAUACGAUUCUGCGUGAAAUUUGCCCCUAAAAUUACUUCUCUGCUUGACCGCGCUCAGGGGGUCCAAGUUGCUGUGUUCGUGGAUUGCUUCCCUGCUUUCACCGGGUUUUUUGUAGUUGUUGAUGCUGCUGCUGCUGCUGCUGUUGCUGUUGCUGAGAGAUUGAUUAGGGUUUAACAGUGAUUCCAUACGGAGAGGAAGAAGGGCGUUUUUGUUUACCCGCCGCAACAACGUCUGCAGCACCUCCGACUUCUAUUCGUAUAGGUACUCCAGGAUUGGAAUAACGGACGCCAUCUAAAUGUUGGCAAAAGGUAGGAAAGUUGCUGGCAGGGGGGAAGCAAUAGCCGCGCAUUAUGCUUUUGGACCACAAGAGGAUGAUAUAAUAAUAAAGCACAGGCUUCUUACCCGCACAACUACUACAAGGGGUGAACCCCCAUUGAAGAAACUCCAGAAGAAGUUUACCUCUUUUGCACUUGAGAUUGAGAAGGAUGCAGAUAACUAUAGUGACUGUGAAAGACUUGCUAAAGCCUUUUUACAGGAGUUAACAACUUUUGAACUUCCACUUCUUAAGAGCCAAGCAGUUAUGGAUGCAAAUCUUAGAGAGAAGGAAAACUUCAAUGAGUUAAAAGAUGAGAUAAACAGGCAGAUUCUGCAAGCACAAGCUGAAAUUGAGGAUCUGAAGAAACAACUGGAAGAAAGCAAAAUUGAAAGGCAGCACAAAGAAGAGUGUGAGGCAAUCAGGAGGUUAAUUUCCAUGCAGCCACCACGAUCACAGACACAAAAGAUUUUGACAGAACUGGAAAAAGAGAUUGCAAUGUUGGAGGCAGAGAACACAGCUGGUUCAAGAACACUGGAGCUUCGGAAGAAACAGUUUGCUCUUUUAUUGCAUGUGGUGGAUGAGUUGCAGAACACCAUAGAGGAAGAUCAAAAGAGCUUGGUUGAGGAGAUGAGAAUAGCACUGGACGAGCAAAGGAAUCUAGUGGAGGAUGCUAGUGGGAUUUCGGAAGCCAUGGCUGUUGACUAGUGCAUACCAUUCCUCCCUGUUGAAAUUGUAAGGUUGAUGAAUCUUAAUCCUUGGAUUGUUAAUUUCUACAGAUCAAGGAGUACACCAAAAAUUUAUGUUGCAAUGGUCAGAACUUUGUCCUUUUAGAACAAUCUGAUAAUUCACUCCCGGGAAAAGAAAACAUUUUUAGAUCCCAAAUUAUGUGAGAGAGAGUACGGUUGCCAAAAUUUUAUAUAUGUUUCUUUCUUUUCUGUUU